GUAGCCGUUCCAAAAGUAACAUCUUGCUCCCUGCCGUCUUCGAUAUCGCUUCAUACGUAAAGUAAGACAGUCAGCGGAUCAGGCAGAAACGAAGUAUCGCCAAUUCCUCGUCUGUUAAAAGCAUCUUCCUUCGUCAUUUCAACAUUCAAAGCUCUCCAGACACUUGAUCAAAGCAUCUCGCACAUUUUCAAACGCCGCAGUUCCUAUUAGCAAACCGUCUUCCACCAUGUCAAAUCCCACUCCAGACUCUAUCUCCAUCUCGGCCGAAAAGACUUUCACCUCAUACACCAAGGACCAAGGCGCGACUUAUGCUCAGACUCGCCUCAACUACCACCCUUCGCUUUAUACAGCCAUUAUCGACCACCAUGCUUCUACAGGUGGCCAAUUCAACAGUCUCCUUGAUGUCGGUUGCGGUCCGGGCACCGCAAUCCGCGCCCUCGCUCCGCACUUCGCCCAUGCCAUUGGUCUCGACCCGUCAGAUGGCAUGAUUAACUACGCCAUUGAGCUGCCAGGCGCCACAUCUACAUCUGAACCUAUUCGUUUCGAAGUAUCAACAGCGGAAGAUCUUGGGUGGCAUCUCUCACCGCCGGUCGAGGAUGCCAGUGUCGACCUCAUCACCGCCUCCACCGCAGCGCACUGGUUCGAUAUGGCGCGCUUCUGGCCGAGCGCUACCCGUGUCCUUAAGCCUGGUGGAACAGUGGCCAUUUGGACAGGCGGCUCCAUAUGCAUCCACCCCACGAUGCCCAACGCCGCGGCUAUUCAGGCUACUCUCGAUGAGAUCGAGGAGCGCGAUUUGAAGCCAUUCUUCUUGCCCGGCAACUUGUUAACGCGCGGCUUAUACAUCGACCUUCCGCUACCUUGGACGCUAGAGACGCCCGUUCCCGCCUUCGACGAGACUACCUUCUUCCGCAGGGAAUGGGCCCCCGAGAAGGACGAGGAGUUUUUCGCGGGCGGUGGGCAGCCAGUCAGCCUAGACAUGAUGGAGAGAGUGAUGGGCACCAUAAGUCCAAUUCACCGGUGGCGCGAUGCUCACCCAGACGCUGUUGGGACCGAGCGCGACAUCUUGAGGAUCAUGAGGAGGGAUAUUGAACGACUACUGCACGAGGCGGGUGUCGAGAAAGGUAAAGAGGUGGUCCAGGCAAGUCUGAACGGCGUGUUGUUGAUGAUCAAGAAGAAGGCAUAGGCUAUCUAGGUACGCUUCUCUAUUUGGCAACUCUUGGCCGCCAAGAAGACCUCAAGUGUUGAAUCAAGAGAAACUGAAUUUUAUCUACUUUCGGGGCCUAACCUA